AUGGGAAGUGAGCACUAUUGCCUAAGGUGGAACAAUCAUCAGAGCAACCUGUUGGGAGUAUUCAGCCAGUUGCUACACGACGAGAGUCUGGUUGACGUCACGCUCGCCUGUUCCGAUGGUGCAUCAAUUAGAGCUCAUAAGGUAGUGCUGUCUGCGUGCUCAUCGUACUUCCGAUCGCUGUUCGUGGACCACCCGUCCCGCCAUCCCAUUGUGAUCCUCAAAGACGUAGGCCUAGAAGAAUUGCGCACUCUCGUCGACUUCAUGUACAAGGGCGAAGUCAACGUCCAGUACUGCCAACUGCCCGCUCUCCUUAAAACAGCCGAGAGUCUUCAGGUCAAAGGCUUAGCGGAAAUGACUACCCUAAGUGCAGCCGGUAUUGACAAAAGAAAGGUUCCUGAAUCAAUGGAAGAGUGCCAACCUCAGGAAACAAGAGAUAGUGCAGAACCUCAUGAAAAUUUAGACGGCAGGGAACACAGAGAAAAAGAAGAACGGCGCGAACUAAGAGACACACGGGAAAUCCGUGAAAGGGAAAAUAAAGAAAGUCGUGACUGUCGAGAGAGUCACAUAAGAGACUCCCGAGAAACAAGAGACUUACGUGAACACAGAGAUAGAGAACCAAGAGAAUCUCGUGAUUUGCGAGAGACUCGAGAUAAUAGAGAUCCCCGCGAUUUAAGGGACUUACGAGAAGUACGCGAACACAGGGAAUUGAAAGAUAUUCCCCGUGAUCUGCGAGACCCUCGAGAUCCGAGGGAGUUGCGUGAAUGUAGAGAGCCUCGAGAUCAACGAGAUAUGCCCGAAGCGUCACCCCCUAGAAUAUCACCCUUAUUGUCAGUGCGGCGAUUUAAAACCGAAACUGCGGCUGAAACAUCGAUACUAACACAUCCUCCUAUACCAAAAGACGAGCCUCCUGAUGAACAUAUGCGCUCAUCUUCACCAGAAGAAGACACUGUAUCUAUAAGAUCAAAUGGCGCACAAAAUGAAAGCAUUGGUUUAAAUAUGACGAUAAACAGUCACAGUAGUGGUGUUCUGGGCCCUCACUAUUCGCCAGUAGAGCAAAGGAUAAGUGUAUUAAAUGCAAUACCUCACCCAGGACUGACGCAUCCAUCUCAUCCAUCAUUGCCUAGUCCCAGAAGUGGAGUGGAGCCAAUAGCUGGGCCCUCUGGGUUACCUCCAGUUCAACAAGUACCCUUGUCACUGAAGAAAGAGGUGGACUGGGACAGGAGCAAUGAAGACAAGAGUGGAGAGACAUCAUCAGAAUAUAGAAUGCAACAUGAAUCUGAGUACGAUGGGUCCGGUAGGGGACGGAUUGAUGAAGGGGAGAGAGGUUAUCCUUGCAUACACUGCGGUGCGGCGUUUCCACAUCAGAGCAAACUGACCAGGCAUAUAUUGACGACGCACACUUUAGAUACACUGAAGUACCGUGAUGCCAUACUUGGUAGGCCAAUGGGUCUGCCAAUGAUAGGACAGUUUACUGACCCUAUGUAUAUGACCAUGCACACAGAAGAAUCUCCUAUUGAUUUGGACAUAGGGCCUGUUGAGCCUGGGAAUGUAGUAUUGUGCAAGUUUUGUGGCAAGAGCUUUCCAGACGUUUCUUCUUUAAUAACCCAUUUACCAGUUCACACGGGCGAUAGACCAUUUAAAUGUGAAUUCUGUGGGAAGGCGUUCAAGUUACGGCACCACAUGAAAGAUCACUGUAGAGUUCAUACAGGUGAACGACCGUUUCGUUGUGGACUCUGCGGCAAGACGUUCUCCCGAUCCACUAUUCUGAAAGCUCAUGAAAAAACUCACUAUCCAAAAUACGCACGCAAAUUUCUUUCACCCAGUCCUGUUGACACGGAGGAAGAAAGUCCGCAUCAAUGA